CUCGUCAGUUCAUGAAUGAUAACUUGUUUGACAUCUAGAGCUUGCUAUGAAACAAAAAGGUAUUUGGAGUCUAGGAAGACUGAUCAAAGCAAUUCAGAAGGGUCUUGAAGGGUAUGAACAGCAAGAAAACCACUUCAUCAAAGACAACGUUGAGACGAUCACCAUGUUGACCGGAAGCUGAAAUCUGCUGUUUGUUGAGGCUCUGGAGUGCCUGUUCUCGUUCAUUUCUCAAUAAAUCUCCAAGUCUAGCAGCUGGUUAUUGUCUCCAAGCUGAAGCCGUUGUUGAGGCUCUGGAGUGCUCGUUGCCAUUCAUUCCUCAAUAAGUCUCCUGGCCUAGCAGCUGGUCAUUGUCUCCAAGCUGAAACAGGUUUCUGCAGCAAGCGUGAAAGACUUUGCAGAGGUGGAUGCAUGUCUGAAGAUGAACAAAUCCAGUGAGGACAUCCAACUUCAUCUCAAGAACUCGGAGCCAUGCAUUCAAGAUAUCGAGGAAGGUGUCUGAGUGCCACUUUAGGCAUUUGAUUAAACCUAGAGCUUAAGUUCUCAACAUCCACAACCUGUAGUUACAUCAUGCAAACCAAUUCCAUGGUGAAAAUUAUGCUCUUCUCAUUUUAGUUUAUGGCUCCUUAUACUUCCUCUCCAGUUUAGUUACCUUCUGCUUUGAAAAGUGACUGCAAAUUUUUCCUGUCAUCAAUACUGAAAAGUUCUGAAUAUGUUAUGAGCUAAACCAAGAUAAAAUUAAAGAGGCAUUCACUUGAAAGACUACCAGAAAUCCGUGUUUGAGCUUUUCUGAGACUGAGAUGGUUCAUUGCGCUUCUCUACCACAUCGUCUAAAACCAGAAAGAUAGCAGUAGGGCUUGGAAUAAGAUGGAAGCUCGGGCCAUUGUUCAAAGCAUACCUUUCUCGGCCUUUUGGCUAAGAUCAAGUGUAGUAUCUGUUCUUAUCAGUUUAAUAUCUGAUACGUGGGCCAAUGGCCCACACGAUAUUAAAUUAAUUUUUAUAGGGGGAGAGGCCCACUACUGGAGCUUGCUUCAGGGGCCUUCUCGCGUGUCGCCCUUGCGUUGCACUAUUGCAUGGGCCUGGCGCACCCCACCAAUUCCAGUCCAAAUUUUCAUAUAGAAAUUUUCAUCUUUCUAUAUCUCGGCCGAAUUCCUUGAGUUUAAUUAAUAUUCAACCUGCUUCCGCUCAGCUUUUUGGGCCGUAUCAACUGCCGAAUUUGACUUAACCCAGAUAAAGUGAGGCACUUGACGUCUUCAGAAAAGCGUUACAGUGCCCAAAUGGCGACCAUGAACCUGGAUCCAUCUAUAAGUAACAAAAGCUGCAAAUCCCAUUUUUUCAUCACUUCUGUGACCAACCAUACAACUAGCUCCUCUGAAAAUUUAAGAGCUUCUUCACCGCCAAAAUGGGCUCUCGUUUAUGGAUUGUUAUGUUUAUUAUUUUUGCAACUUGCACUGUGAUUGGCGGAACGGUUGAGGCUUCAUUUGAGGAUGGUAAGAUUGUGAAGCUGCCAGGGCAGCCAGAAGUUAGCUUCCAACAGUAUUCAGGGUAUGUUGUUGUUGAUGAAACCCAGCAGAGGAAGCUCUUCUACUACUUUGUUGAAGCUUAGACAAACUCUACUUCCAAGCCUCUCGUUCCGUGGCUAAAUGGUGGUGCGCUAGUUGAUUAUCCACAUUUUGAUGCAAUCCUUUUAUCAUCUUUGAUCCUUUUCUUUCGACUAUAAGUUUUAAGUAUUAUAGUAAAGACUUAUUUUUUUCUUCUGCUUUAAGAAUGAUUUGAGGUUGGUGAGUUAUGCUAAUAGGGGCAGGGUGUUCCUCUAUUGGAACUUGAGCUUUCACAGAGCAUGGCCCUUUCAAGACAACUGGUUCAGGAGCUCUCCUGAGAAAUGACUGCAGUUGGAACAAAGGUGUCAUCACAUUAAUCUCAACUUGGAUAUAGUUAUGUACUUCUCUUUUGAGUUCUUCAUUUUUGUACUAUAAACUAGUAGCUGACUUUUUUUCUGCUGCAGAAGCAAACAUGUUGUACUUGGAAUCACCAGCCGGGGUUGGAUUCUCUUAUUCUGCCAAUACCUCGUUCUAUGAAUUAGUAAAUGACACCAUAACAGGUUCAGUCUGAAACAUAGACUAAUCGUCGAAUUCUCAAACUGAAAUAACUUGUCGGAUUAACAGAAUCCAGCUGGGUUGUCUAUUCACUUCUUAUUAUCGUCAAAAGACAACUUGGCAUUCCUACAACAAUGGCUAACCAAAUUUCCUGAAUACAAGAACCGAUAUCUUUAUCUCACAAGAGAAAGCUAUGCUGGUAUGUUAAUUCUAGAAUCCGUUGUUAAGGGAGCAUCUGGUUCAAAUCUUUAUAAUUUUGGUUAUAUUUAUACUUUCCCUAACAAGACACUAUGUCCCACAACUAACACAGCUAAUCGUGGAGUCAGGGUCAAAUCUCAGCUUAAAAGGCAUAAUAGUAAGUUCACCUGCCAAAAUAUACAUUGACAUAUCGGCAAAUCGUGAUGUUUGAAUGACGAGUCAUUGAGUCUCUUCUCGUGUUGCGUUGUGUUGUAAUUUUCAAUUUUUGGAGUUCAACACAUAUUUCAACGGAGAAGGAAAUCUAUACUGGUCUCACAGCUUGAUAUCGGACCAUACCUAUCACCUUGUCAACAAAAUGGCAACACCUCCCAGAUCAGGAGAUAGGCUGCUUCAAACUCUUUCUUCGAGCCUUGUAAAAUAUUUGCAACCCAACUUGGUACAGAAAAUGCCUAGCCAGAACUUCGACAUAUAUGACAUCACUUCAGAUGUAUGUUUAGCAAACGAUAAUGGGUCAUCAUCAUCUAAACAGUCUUUGGAAGCAACUUUGCAUCCCUCAAGUCCAGCCAGAGAACUAGCAGAAAUCUGGUAUAAGUUAUUCUUGACCAUGAUCAACACAAAUGUACCCGAAUCAACGAUAAAUGCAGCAAUUCUCAUCAUUGCUGGGUUUUGGAUCUGUCUAGUCAAUGGAGAAAGUUGGAGAUUCGGCCAUAGACCUCUAUGCAGAAGGCAAAACGGACAAGUACUUGAACAGGAAAGAUGUUCAGCAUGCUAUGCAUGCCCACCUUGUAGGCAUCCCCACCUGGAGAAGCUGCAACUAGAGUUGCUUCUUCUUCUAUUUAAGGUAUCAACUAGACCAGCUCGCUAUAGUUGCUUCUUCUUCUAUAUAAGGUAUCAACUAUCAACGUUUCGACUUCACUUGCAGUGUGAUGACCUAUGACCGAAACAAUUUGGAGAAUCCGACUAUUGGAGUGGUGGGAUCAUUGGUGAGUUCAGGAAUCCAGGUACUAGUUUAUAUCGUGGAUCAAGACUCGGUGCUGCCAUUCAUUGGGAAGAGGACUUUGGUGAAUCGUCUGGCCAAACAGAUGGGUCUGAACACAACUGUGUCAUACAGGCCAUGGUUUGAUGGUGAAAUGCAGGUAGCUUUCUGCCACCAUUUUUGCUGCUAAUCCGCCAAUCUACAUUAUCUAUUACAUAACUAUUAACUUCCUUUUCCUGUUUCCAUGAUUCAAGUUGGUGUAUGGACACAUGUUUAUUGUGGGAAUAAGCUUGCAUUUGCAACUAUAAGAGGAGCUUCUCACCUUGCCCCAUUCUCAUCACCAAAGAGAUCCCUCUCAUUGUUUGCUAUUUUUCUAGAUAGGAAAUCUUUGGCAACUUGAGAUAUCUCAGCCGGCCGCCUUGGAAUAUUGUAGCCUUUUGACAAUCCGUUGCAAACUGGGAUUUCUCCAAGUUGUAAUUAUUUCAAUGAUUCUCUUUUUUCUCUGUACUGAGGCAUGUAAGAUGUCUCCAAAGUUUCAGCAUAUACAAUUGUGUUCAGAGUAAAGAAACAAACACAAAGAACCUCAAUUCAUGAAGGCUGAAAAUAAGAUAGAAGAUGAUAGCAGCUUGAGGAAAGUGUUCGACUGUAAAUAAGAUGGAAGAUAUGGUUUAGAAGUGGAAGUGGAUAAAAUACCACAUAGGAACCGAUGAGAGAUUUAAGAAGGGGUUAGAGGAAUAAAUUGAUGGUUAAGUGCAACUUGAAAACAUACUUACCUGGAUGGGAUCUACAAGUGAUCAUUAAGGCUUGUGGUUUGGGCCAAUGACCUCCAUUGCACUUUUGGAGGGGCGUUGGGCUAAGAUCUCCCCAUAGUGGGAGAGCCUACAUCAUAAUUUGUGGCAGAGGGGGCCUGCGUUCGCGCGGCCCCUACCCAAUAUAAGUUCAAUUAAAUUCUUCGUGGCCCACCUUGCUUAAGGUGUUUGGCCCAAUAGAUUCCUGCUGCUAAUUGUUGUUUGCGAUGCACAAUAAAUGGCACAUUGACAUUUUAUAUUGACAUUUUAUAGUUCUUAGGUUGAGAUGUAUUUUAUGAUGUUUGUAUGUGUUAAAAGAACUUGAAACGAGUGUUAGAUUGAAAUGAAGUUUCGAGGUUAAUAUUUACUAGAUUUUUGGCCCACGCUUUGACUUAGUUGAAAUUGAAAUCAUUCAAAAAAUCAUUAAGAGUAAGAAAAUCUCAUAAGGUUU